AUGGAGCAAGUGAAGCCUCCCCCAGUUGUGGACUUACUUGCGCUGCCGACAGAAGAUCGCAGACCGUCGACCAGUUCUUCCCGAGCGUCACAAGCUUCAUCUCCAGCGAGUACGCCGCGGCAGGACCAUCGAGCUUUUGGGAGCCUUCCGGCCAUUCCAGACUCUGAUGGAGCUGGAGAGGAAUCCCACAAUGGAGCUGCCAGUGCAGCGGAUGCUGCAACCAGACCGCCUCGACGUGUCGUCAAGAUUGGUGACACGGAGGAAAUCGAUGGAGAAUCGAAUAAUUCGAGUACCCGAUUGGCAAGUCCGCAGGGUGCACGUCCACGGACCAGAUCGUCGGACUCUUCGUACGUGCCUGUGAAAGUAACGCCAACUGGCAGACGAAUGUCAACGGCGGAUACUACUCUAGUGAUGAAUUCGUCGCCGCAACUGAAUGAUCGGCUUUCAAAGGUUUUCUGCGUGCAGGAGCCGCAGUCAAAGGUCAUUACAGGUCCAGAGCUGGCAGCGGUGAUGCAGCGGAAUCGGCGGUUUGCUCCCCGAAAGGACAAGGGAGAGUUCACCAAGGAGAGAAUGGAGGACAUUAUCCGCGAGCUGAGGGUCAUCGCUUCCAGGCUACGUGGAGAGUCGCCAAAGCGAUCUGUGAAUCAACAGAAUGUCAUGUCUUGGCUCUCCUUCGUGGAGCUCAUGUCGAUCCCAGACCUGGCUACGCAGGCGAGACCUGAGAUGGUUCAGGCCGGAGUGCAGCUGGGCCAGGAUACUGCGCAUGGCACCUCUGGCGCAGGUCUUUCGAAUGCGAAUGAUGAGAUCGAGCUUUCCAUUAGCGAAGGAUUCAGCAUGGACUACGACCCGGGCUGGAUGGGCUGGACUCUCCUGGAGAUGGUCUUCGCAACAGUCUUCGUGAUCGAGGUCGUGGUGAAGCUGGUGGUGUUGAGUCCACGGGUGUACUUCACUGGCACGGACUAUGCCUGGAACAUAGGCGAUCUAGUAUUGACGCUCGUGGCGGUCGUCGAUGUCAUCAUCAGCACAACGGCCGCCUCGGCUGGCUCUGCUCGCAUGAGUAUGGUUCUGCGUGGAUUGAGACUAUCCCGAGUUGCCAGGCUGAUAAAGUUGAUGCAUUGGCCAUUGCUGGCGGAGCUGGCCAACAUGAUUUCAGCCAUGGUGAUAGGCGUUCCAUGGCUCUUCUGGGUCACGAUCCUUCUCUGUGGGGUUCUCUAUGUCUGCGCGAUCGUUCUCCGAAGCACCGUGUCCAGCGACGCGACGGCGAUGUUUGAGAGGUGCGGUAGCGCUGACAACGAAGCCUUUCCUUUGCCUGGAGAAGAUCCACGUGAUGGAUGUGUAAUUGCACAUCUUUACCUGGGGGAGUAUUGCGGAACAGUCUUUACGUGCAUGUUCACGGUCUUCAGGUGCCUGAUCGGAGACUGCAACUCGAAAGGUGGCAGGCCGCUCGCUGCAGUUAUGAGCAACUACUACGGAUGGACUUUUGAAGGGUUCUAUGGCUUGAGCAUGGUCACGAUGAUCUUUGGUAUGACGAACAUCAUUACCGCGAUGUUUGUGGAUGCCACAUUGUCUGGGCUCAAGUACAAUGACGUGCAGCGAAAACAUGCGAAGCUGCAUGAGACGAACUAUGUGACUCGCAAGCUCAACGAACUUGUUGUGCGGGUAUCAAAGACUGUGAGGGAGAUGAGAGAAGCUGACAAGUUCGAGGAUUCGCAGUCGAACUGGCGGAAGUCCUUCAAAUCGUUUCUUCGCAAAGGGUCGGUAAAGAUCAGUGACUCAGAUCUUGACCGGGAGCUUACCCUAUCUGAAGCAGAGUUUACACAAGUCCUCCAGAACUCCAAGAUCCGGAACCUUCUCGACGAGACCCGUCUCCAAGCUGUGCGCGUCAUGUUGGGCUUUUAUUUCCCAUUCGAGGAUCUGGACAUCGAGCUCGAAGCGAGGCCCGGGAUCUUUGAAGCCUUUGGUGCCGACGCGGACGGCCACCUCGGUGUGUCAGAGCUCGUCUGGUCUCAUGAGGCCAGGUCCUCAACAUCCACAGUUUGGCUCAGCGAUGGCAGUUGUGAGAAGCACCAAGGCUACGAGGUGUCUGCCCAAAUGUCGCUGCAGACCAUCGGCGAGAAGCUCAAUGUUUUCCAGGCAAGUUGCGCUAAGAGCCGCAAGUCUGAUCUGCACGUAUUUACUUAA